AUUUCACGCGUGCCAACCCUCCAUACCAGGCCCAUGAGUGGCCAAUUGAGCUCCAAAACAAGCUUCAACUCUGCUGCUCUGUCUCCGGUCUCGGUCCUCCUCCCGGCCAAACUCCACACCAUCCAUUCAGUAAAAGAGGUGACAGAAUCAGAAGCAGAGCAACCAAAGCCGACAGAUUUGGAAGUGUCAUCCAAGAAGAAGAUGAGAAGGGAAAGAAGCGAAAGCAAGAGCUUGUCUGACCUCGAAUUUGAGGAGCUAAAAGGGUUUAUGGAUUUGGGGUUUGUUUUCUUCGAUGAAGAUAGGAAUAAUUCAAGCUUGGCUUCAAUCCUUCCUGGGUUGCAUAGAUUCGGAAAGAAAGAUGGGGAAGAAGAGGAAAUUGAUGAGUCUGCAAUUUCAAGGCCUUAUCUUUCUGAAGCUUGGGAGGUUUUUGAGAGGAGAAAGGCAGAGAAUCCAUUGAUGAAUUGGAGAAUUCCUGCUUUGAACAGUGAGAUUAACAUCAAAGAUAGUCUAAGAUUGUGGGCAUUGUCAUGGCCCAUAAAUCUGGGCAAAUGGGUUUAGAGGGUAUGGACUAAUUAAUUACUCCUUGUUCUAGGCCAUCGGUGAGGCCGGAAUGGUCACGCCAGGAGACUCUUUGGUUGUACGG